AUGUGGCGCUACCGGGGGCCCCUAAACGGCGAAAAAAUCCUACCGAAGCCGGAGCUGGUGAAAUCGGCGUAUAUGCUUGUGUCCAAUCGGAACCUCAUCGUCUACGAAAAAAGCAAGGAUGAGUUCAGCGUAAUUUCCGUUGACUCUUUUGUGGCAGAUCGCAGCGAGCAUGAAUAUGUACCUAAAUAUCGCAGCCGGAAAAUAGUCGACAUGCAUUUUUGCAAGGAUCGGCGUGAGCUUUUGGUGUUGAUGGAGAAUGCGCACAUCGUGUGUUUUCAAUGGGUGACCGGGAAAGACCAAUUCAAGCUACAUGAAAUACGGCGGAUGAGUCUUCCCGGGAUGCAAAUAGCCCGAUCUUUACAUUUGAACCGGCAGAACGGGCUCGAUGAUCCUAUCGUCUUCGGCUUUCGGAUGCGUAGCGAUAAUGCACGAUUCAAUCGAUUUGCCCUUACUCCGGUGGCCUACGAUAUUACGUCAAAAUCACUUGUGAUGGAAUGGGGCCAGGACGCAACCUACAUGCUGGACUUGCCGCGCGACCAUUAUUCCGUGGACAUCAGCGAUUCGGUGGGGAUUCUCAUCGAUUUUGAGGAGCCGACGGCAACGAAAGGACUUCGCAUCCACCUGGGAAAGGAGCACGUUGGUUGCGUGCUGCCACCCCUCAUCCCACACGACAUUCGCAAAAUGGUGGCCGCCCCGGUUGAUGAGCUGGGGUUGAGUUUGAUUGCGGCCAUCGGCCAAGGCGUCACUUUAAUGAUCUACCAACCGGAAACAGAGACUCUGAUUAAGGUCAACGAACACUUCCCGCGAGAUCAUUGCACUGAUGUGGGAUUCGGUAAGGUCAACAAGGUCAAGAUCAAGAAGGUCGUCUGCCUACGCGUAUUGUUAUUCGUGGCCACGGACAGCGAGAUUGAAGUGUUGCAGUUCAUCGUGAAAGGCGAUUCGGAAUGUUGGAGCCAUCGGUUGAGGGAGACUAUUCGGCCGGAAGCACCGAUCGAGCACCGAUUCGACUUCUGGGUGGGAUCGCGAGUACGGCAGAUUUACAUCCCCGAUCGGGAUGGUCCCGAGGACGAGUGCGUAUUAUACUUUAUUUUGGAUGCGACGCCUGAUAGCACGACGAUAAAAGUUGGGAUGGUAAUCUUCCGCUCCGAGUCGAUUACCACGUUGCCGAAAUCGCAACCGUUCCUAGUGGCCACCUGUAAAGACAUCUUUAUGCCGUACCAGCAAUUCAAGAUGACGUCAAAAACAACGACCUCUGGCAUUCCUAGUCUUGACAUUUACUACCGACCCUUCGGCGCCUCGAACCAGUCGAAAUUCAAAAUGGCCACCUGGGUCCUAAAAUCACCGGAAAUUGUCUUCAACAAGGAGGUGGAAGCGUUUGAAUCGUUCGAAUACGACUCGAAACUGCUCUCGGUUAAGCGCCAAGGCGAUCAUUUUAUGUUCAAUUCAAGGCAGGUGGACAGCACGACUAAGGAUUUGAAUAAACCGGCUAAGGGCCCCACCUACUUCCUUCACAAAGAUGCCGAAACAUACGGCUGGCUAGCUGCUAAAAAGUACAACGGUCAACCGAAUUUCUUCGUUGAUCAGCAGCUAACGGCGCGGGCCAAAAGAUAUGGGCUCAGGAAAUGGCUACCAAUUUUGAGGAACCAUGCGCUGGUGUAUGGCGAUCGAUAUUUUCAAAUCCCCUGCCGCAUCAAGUACACGAAGCCGUUGGCGGUGCGCCGGCUGCGCUGCACGCGGACGCGCGCCUCCCGCAACUGGUCGCGCCUCUUCUCGCGCAACGCGGGCGAAUCGUCCAGCUACGAGGAGGUGUGCGACCUGACGACGAGCCACACA